GUGGCUAGCCGGCUAACACGCUAGCACGUCGUCGUCACUCGUCGCCUCCUGUCUCGCGCAUCAGUCCGCAGGGUCCCAGCGCCGUCAUGUUGGAGCACACGAGGAAUAUAAAAAGGAAACAGACCAUCAUCUGCGCUACGCGUGUGCGGGAGAACCACACCGGACAAGAAACUUCAACAUCUGCAGCACGAGCCUCCCCCACUGACGGCGACAUGGAGGAGGAAGAGGCCCCGGUCGAUGGCGAAGUGGAAACCACCUUUGCCGCGGAGACCUACGCCGCUGAGUCCAUGGCCGCAGACCUGGACCCCUGGAUUGUGUUCGACUGCAGAAAAACGCCCAGGUCCGAGUUCGACGACUGGCUGGAGACCAACAGGCCCUCGCAAGUGUACAGAUACGGCGACGAGGAAAGCGGUGUCAGCCCCGUGGGUUGGAUCGCCGUGCUGGGCCCGGACCACGGCCCCAGUGGCUCUGAUGUGAUGGGUCUCCAGGACAGCUGGGAUAAACUGUUGGGGAGUGGCCGGUCUGUCUCCUUCGAGACAGUGAAGGAGCUGGCUCUAAACCACAGGGUCCUCUCAGGCAAGUGGCUAAUGCACUUGGACUCUGGUUUUAAGUUGGACAAUGCAUGGGAGUGUGUGGCCAGGGCAACCCUGGAUGGAAAGAUCUCCAUGGUUAAAGUCAGUGCCUUCGAUCCCAAGGGAGAUCCCCAGCAGGUCAUAUGCUGCUAUAACGAGAAUUUCACUGAUGAGAGCCAGGUUAUAAGGCUGGACUCUGCCAUCCGUGCCACAGGGGUCAAGUGCUCCCUCUCCUACAAGCCAGACGUGUACACACACCUGGGAAUCUACCGCAGGAACCGCUGGAAGCUCUGCCCAACCAUUUACGAGAGCAAAUUUGACCUGGAGUGCGUACCGAGGCGCUCCCACGUCACCAACAAAGUCACCAAUCUUGAAGUGACAUAAGCCGGUCGGAACCAGAGGAUUCGUUUUGCAGGACUGGUAAAUGCAGAGGCACAUAAAAGGUCCCAUGAGAUUGGCUGGAUAGUUCAAAACACUGAUUUUUAUUUUGGAGUCAGUGGUUGAAUGUUUCUCACGUUCUUCCUUAUUGCAAAAACGGCACUAAAUAUCAUUUGAAUUUUGUCUUACCAUGCUGAAAUGUCUCAUUUUUUGUAUUGACUAUUUUAAUCACGAGUAAGAAUAUUUGUAUUCUUGUGGUUCUGAUUCUAACACAAUGACACUCACCUGACGGAGAGUGGCUCAAGAAGUCCUUGAUGUAUAUGCAUUUCUUUUUUUUCUUUGACAGUAUACAUCUCAUUUAUUUUUUUUCAUUCAGAGUUGCCAAAUAAAACAUCUUUCAAGAAC